AUUAUGCGUGACUACUCUGAGAGAGUAAUGUAAUGAAACAGUAAAAAGCUUAAUUUCAUAUUUUCACUUCAAUAAAAUGUAUUAAACAGUUUGCAAGAUUCUACUCAUUAAAAUACUUUGAACUUUUAGACAAACUUCAUUGGCUGUUAAUUUGAACAAAGUUAACAUUUUCGAUUAACUCUCAGCUUACACGAACGAUAUUACAUUAUUUAAAUAAGAUGCGUCCAAUUUACUUAACUUUAAUUGCAUUUAUGAUUGUGAUAAGUUGUAUUAAUUGUGCUCAAAAGAAAAAACGUUCGGACAAGACACUGCAAUCAUGCUCAAAGCUUACUGUCCUAAUGCGUAAACGUGAUAUGGCAAUGAAAAAUUUAAAAAAGCAGAUAUCCAAUAUAGAAAAGAAUAAAAAUCUCGGUAAAGCUAUGAAAGAUUUUCAAAUUCAGGUGUUUCAAGUUUUUCACAGAGAGUUGAAUAACUCUGGCAUAGAGAUAUUUCAAUCAAUUGCAUGGUUGGAUAACGUUCUAAAAGGCGACAUAGAGAAUAUUAUUUAUAUUGAGAAAUCUUCGGAGAAACGAUUAAAUAAUCUUCGUUCGGCUGCACUGAAAGAAGAAGUUGUUUAUAAGCAAUUAUUACAAGCUGAAAAAAAAUUUGAUAGAAUGAAAGAUUUGAACCAAAGACACUCUAAGGUUAAAGGUGUUAUUGUUAAUAUACUCAAAGAGAUAUCGAAAGCGGCUGAUAAAUUGGAAAAGAAUUUGGAUGAUCACGUUUUCGAUAUUGCUCUCUUUGAAUCUCAGAAGAAUCAAGCAGCUAUGGAAAUGGUUGUAAGAUUAGCUGAAAAACAAAAUGGACCAAUGGCAGAUCACGAAGAAGCCCACUCCCUUCCAAGAUUAGUUGACGCUUAUGACAAUCAAUUUGUUUUGUCAAGGCCAGCCGAUACAACAAUUCCAAGAGAAGAUCAUAAUUUACUUCACGAUUUAGCUUAUUUAAUAAUGUUAAGUGGCAUUUUCGGUUGGCUAACACAUCUUUGCGGUUUACCAACUCUAUUUGGUCAUAUGGCGGCGGGUGUAUGUUUAGGUCCGGGAGGGUUCAACGCCAUAUCGUCUCUAGUCCAAUUGGAAACUUUGUCUCAACUUGGAAUAUUUUUUAUACUAUUUACAGUUGGUCUUGAAUUUUCACCAGACAAAAUAAAAAAAGUAGCGAAAUUAGCAAGUUUUGGAAGUGGUGCUCAGAUGAUAUUGUUAAUUUUGGGCGGUGCUUGUUAUAGUUUCCUAUUUAAAACAUCAGUUAAAGAAGGUUGUUUCGUUGCUGCGUGUUUCGGUUUAUCUUCUACUCCAUUAGUGGUAAAAUUUCUAUCGAAACAGGAAGCGGAAGAUAACAAUAGUUAA